UCUUAUAUCUUCAUUUUUUUUUAAAACUAAAAUAAAUAUGCAUUUGAAAAUGUUUUCAACCAUACCAGGCAAUUUAAUUAGUAUUUUCCAAGAUAAAAUGAUGUUCAACAGAUGCAACGAAAAGAUAUCUGUUCCGACUUCCCACUUCCCACUUCCGACACCAUCACCGUCCAACGUGCAUGACUGUUGAUGAACCAUUUUAAAACAAACAUUUUUCACGUUGGUGAAAAAAUAAACACAGAUACCACUCAAAAUAUUAGUCAAAGACUGCUUCUCUUUGACCAAUCCUCGUCCUUCUACAUCUUUUUGGCUUUCAUCCCACAUUAAUUAUACAUUUGUACUCUGUUCUCUCAGUUCUCAUAAACUCACACCGUCACACGUUUGUGCCGUCCAUAACCAUUCUUGAUCUUAGCCCAAAACCAAAACAAAAAUAUCCGCUGCCCAUAACAACAAUUCCCAAUAUUCAACCAUAAUCAAUUCCCAUUCUUACGUAUUUUACGAUUAUUAUAUAUAGCCCAGUAGACACCUUCCAGCUUUCAUCAUCGGUCCACAACCAUUGACAUUUCUUUUUCCCAAACUACUCUAUUCUACUUCUUCUACUCAGUUAAUUGAGAUCCGAUCCUUGCAAAAUCUCUAAUCGAUGGCUGCUGCUUCAUCAACCUAUGCUGCAAUCAGGGGCGCUGCCUCAGCUUCCUCCAUGAAGGUGAAGCUGCCAACAACCUCACCAUCCCAGAAAUCACUCUGCUUCAACCUCCCAAAUCCCUUCAUCUCCCAGAAGAAGAACCUCAGUUUAACUAACGGUGCCGCCGCGAGAUCUUUCACCUGCAAGAGCCAGGCCACACCAUCUGAUUCCAGACCCAGUAAGUAUUAGUGCUCCUCAGGCUCAAAUCAAUCAUGGGUCUAUCAAUUCCUCAUAAUGAUGUCGAAUUAAUUUUGUGCUGGUUAAAAUUGUUAUAUGUUUCAGCUAAAGUUCAAGAGCUGAAGGUGUAUGAGAUCAACGAACGCGAUCGUGGAAGCCCGGCCGUUCUUAAAUUGAGCCAAAAACCAGUCAACUCCUUAGGCGAUCUUGUCCCUUUCAGCAACAAAGUUUACAGCGGAUGUUUGCAGAAAAGGCUGGGAAUAACGGCGGGGAUAUGCAUUUUGAUCAAGAACGAGCCGGAGAAGAAAGGUGAUCGGUUUGAGGCAAUUUACAGCUUUUACUUCGGGGAUUACGGUCACAUAGCGGUGCAGGGGCCGUAUUUGACCUACGAGGACACGUACCUUGCGGUGACUGGCGGAUCUGGGAUCUUUGAAGGGGUGUACGGUCAAGUCAAACUCCAGCAACUCAUUUUCCCCUUCAAGCUGUUCUACACUUUUUACUUGAAGGGCAUCCCGGAUCUUCCCAGCGAGUUGACGGCUCCGCCAGUUCCUCCGUCACCCGCCGUGGAACCCUCGGCUGCUGCCAAGGCUUGUGAGCCCGGAGCCACCGUCUCCAACUUCACUAAUUAAAAUAAUUCCUUAACAAUAUUUUUGCUGUUUUUUUUGUGUGGUUGGUGGGAAAAGCUUUUGAGUUUUUUUUUCCCUUUUUAGUCGUAGAGAGAUGAUUAUGCGACUUUUCCAACUUGUAAUGAAUAAUGGUGAUGGUGCUGGAGAGGGAAGGGGGAAAAAAAAAAGGAAAGAAAAAAGAUAGUGUCACGUUUUUCAAUUUGGGCAAAUUUUUUUUUGGAUAGUCAGUGGCAGUGGCACUACUAGGAGAGUGUACUAGUGGGGGGUGACAAUAAUUGUAGUAUUCUCAACAAUCACUACUCCUGGUUUAUUUAUGGAUAUUUCGAGUUUAUUUUUACUAUUAUCAACUUCUUUGUUUUGUGCCUUUUGGGAAUUGGAAAAUUGUUUGUGUGCGUGCCUUUCAUUUGCACUUGUUAUGGCUGUUUGCAAUUAAGAAACUAAGACAAUUUCAAAAAAGCAAAUUUAUCAUUAUAUUUGCCUUAUUGUUUUGAGCAAUGAUA